UAGUUGACGUUCGCGCGUCGUCAAUGUAAUACAGAAUGUUUAUUCUCGUGGUGCAAGUUUUUUUCAUCAUUACUGCAGUCAGUGCACUCAGUGAUCCGGGAGCAGAUCUACCUAGAUUUGGAAAACCUCUUAACAAUUUGACUAUUUCCGUUGGACGUGAGGCUAUAUUUACAUGUAUUGUAGAAAAUCUUGGACCAUAUAAGGUUGCAUGGUUGAGAGUGGACACGCAAACAAUACUGACGAUUGCCAGUCACGUUAUUACGAAAAAUCACAGAAUUGCGGUAACGCACAGUGGCCAUCGUACAUGGUCUCUUCAUAUACGAGACACGCGAGAGGAUGAUCGUGGUUGGUACAUGUGCCAGGUCAACACUGAUCCAAUGUCCAGUAAUACUGGCUUUCUAGAGAUAGUUGUGCCUCCGGAUAUUUUGGAUUAUCCAACAAGUACAGACAUGGUAGUUAGAGAAGGAAGUAAUGUUACAUUACGUUGUGCAGCAACUGGCACACCUGUGCCAACUGUCACUUGGCGCCGUGAAGCCGGAGGAAUGAUAACUCUUCCAAACUGGCACGAAGCAUCUGUGUUAAAUGGCUCAGAAUUGGAGUUGACCCGAGUGACCCGUCGCCACAUGGGACCUUAUCUAUGCAUUGCAUCAAAUGGCGUGCCACCCUCAGUCAGCAAACGUAUCGUUCUUAUUGUUCAUUUUGCACCAAUGAUUUGGGUUGAAAAUCAACUUAUUGGUGCUUAUGAAGGACAAACUCUUGUAUUAGAAUGCACCAGUGAGGCUUAUCCAAGACCAAUUGUUUAUUGGACUAGACCAACGAAUGAGACUAUUGUGAAUGAGAAUAAUUACAAGGUAGAGGCCAUCACGAAUGGUUAUGAAACGUCAAUGCGACUGACGAUAAGACCAGUGAGACCUGUCGAUUAUGGGUCUUUUAGGUGCAUAGCAACAAAUUCACUUGGUGAAACUGAUGGAAAAAUUAAACUUUACAAAAUUGCAAAACCACCAGAGACGAGAAAGCCCAAUUCCCGUCGGGACUCAAAAAAGUCAUGGAAUAUCGAUAAUGGACAUGAUAAGGAGACAGAUGGUAUGAAGGAUGAGUUAUCAUCGAAAGACGAGGAUGACAAUGAAGAUCAAAUUGAUUUUCAAUCGUCUACAUCAGGCACUUAUAUUCAACAAUGCCAAAAUUAUAACUAUAUAUUUUAUCUUUCUUCACUAAUAAUUUUGUUAAAAAUCACAACGUAGACUUAAAUAUAUAUUAUAAUUAAAAUUUUAUAAUUGCAUAUUGUUAUUCAAUUUGAUUUAAAUUUAAUACGCCUUUCAAGAACAGGCUAAAAUUAAUUUGAUUUUGAAUUAAGAAUGAAUGAAAUACUAUUCUGAUAUAUAUUAGAUAGAAAAUUUUAUUUUCAUUGUAUUUAAUCACAGUAGUAUAUUAGUUUAAAAACUUUAACAAUUGAUUGAAAGAAAAUUUAAUGAAUAUUUUCAACAUAAAAUAACAAAAAUAAAAAUUUAUAUAAUUAAAAAAAAAAAAUAAUAAAAUUAUAAUAAUGAAACAUUAAAGAUAAAACAAACUAAGUAAAUAAAAGUGAAAAAAAAAAAAAAAAAAAGUCACCCUCUGUCUUCCAAUCUCAACAAUUGAGACAAAGUCUUUUCCGUAACUGGUUACAGUUAAAGAUAUACUUUUUAAAACGAGGGGAAGUAAAUUUAAACUAUCCCCAUAAAGUUUUCAAUUGUUUAAAAAAAGUAAAAAAAAAAAAAAUUGAAUUAAAAAUUAAAUGUUAUUGUAACACACGCCCCUUAAUUAUUGGGGACAAGUUAUCAAUUUCAUAAUAUCUGAAAGGAAAUAUAUGUAGUUGUUGUUUAUGCGUGCGAGCAUCAUACGAUAAGGAUGUAGCGUCAUCACAGGAAGAGGAUAAUCCUCUCUAAACACGAUAUUCGCACCCUUGAUGUAUGGCUAUGCAUAUACAAUGAGGGGAUCAUAAUCCUAUGAACUUUAUAGCUACGUUGAAAUGUGCUGUAAAUGAAUAAUUGACUUCAACAUAAUAAAUUUUAUUGUGACCAACGAAUAGGACCGAAUGUAAAGAAAAAAAUUAUAAAUACGAGAAAACCUGUCAUCGAUAAUAAUAAUAAUAAAAAUAAUAAAUAUAAAAAUAAUAAUAAUAGUAAUAAUAAUAAUAAUAAUUGUAAGCAUCUUGACAAUGUCAAAUAAAUAUAAUAAAAAAAAACAAACAACUAUAAUGUUCAAUCGAUUUGUAUAAAUUUGUAUGUCACACUAGAGUAAUUGAAAUCUAUGUCACCAGAUUAUUAUGUAAGAGUACUUUAUUUUCAAUGCAUUUUUUCAUGUGUUAACUUACUGUCUGUAUAGGUAUUCACAAUGCAAGAGACAGUAGAAAGAAAAAAAAUUAUAAAAUAAAUGUAUAUCAAAGUAAAAAUAUAUUGUCAUCAUCGAUUUACAUUGAGUAUGCUUUGUGAAAAAUAGAUAGAUGCUAAAGACAAUUUAUAUGUGUAAACAUUACAGUACUUAGCUUGAAAAUAAUCAUAAAUACAAAAAGUGUAAAUAUAUUUUAUGUAUAAGGGUAAUAUAAAAACAUACAUAAAUAGAAUUAAGCUAUCUCAAUUUAAGUUGAAUUGAUGAUUGUGAUUAAUAAAUAUCUUAGACAUAAAAAAAAAUAUUAACAUGUAAUUUUUUUUUUUUUUUGCUAUGCCAAUGAUA